UGUUCUCACUUUAUGGAGAAGAGAGCCCAGAAGUAGCAUGUCAUCCAUUAGCAAGCAACUGUCUUCUAUUGGCUGCACAGGCAGGAAGAUGUCUUUCUCCUCCACUGAGAUCAGAAUGGUUUUGCUGGGAAAGACUGGCAGCGGAAAAAGCUCCACCGGAAACUCCAUCUUGGGCCGUAAGGUCUUUGACUCAAAGGUUAGCAGCUCCUCUGUCACGCAGCGUUGUCGCAGGGUUGCUGGAGAAUUUCGUGGGCGACAUCUGACACUCCUGGACACUCCAGGCAUUCUGGACAGUCAUCAGACUCCACAGGAAGUGCAGAAGGAGUUGAGGAGGAGUGUUAGCCUCCUGUACCCCGGGCCCCAUGUGUUUCUCAUUGUCAUUCAGAUUGGGAGGCGCACUCUGGAGGAGACGGAGGCGGUGCGGCAGAUCAAACAAGCAAUGGGUUCCCAUGCUUUGAGUUUCUCUGUGGUGGUUUUUACCCAUGGAGACCUUCUUGAAGAAGGGCAAUCUGUGAAGGAUUGUCAAAUAGACGAGUGUAAGGACCUGGUUGAUCUGGUGGCCGGAUGUGGGGGCAGGUACUGUGUCUUCAACAACCAGAGCUCCAAGAAUAAGAACCAGGUGUCUGAGCUGCUUGCCUUAGUGGACAGCAUGAUGCAGGAAAAUGGAGCAGUGUUCUAUGGCAGCAAGAUGCUCGAGAAAGCAGAGAAGGAUCUGGCCUUGGAGCUGCAAGAGGAAUGGAGGCUGCUGAAUGAGAAGGAGCAGCUGUUAAAAAAGAAGCAGGAGGCAGCAAUACAAGAGUUAUAUGAAAAAAAGCUACAGAUGGUUCAGGAAAAAAGCCAAAUGGAUAUAGAGGAGCUGAAGAAAAAACAGGUGCUGGAAAAGAAGAAGGAGGAGAAGCUGGCAAGAGAACGGGAGGAAGCCUUCAGACGAUGUAUGGAGGAGAAUGAUAAGAAGGAGAAGGAGAGGCAGAUACAAGAGAUGGUAAGAAUGAUGUAUAUACGUAAAGAGGAGGAGGAGAAAAGGGAAGCUCUUCAAGAAAAGCUUGACCAGGUUAUUAAAAUACUGGAGGAGCAGGAAGAGCAGGAGGAGAAAAUGAGAAGAGCAAUGGAGCAGAAGAUCCAAAAGGAUAGAGUGGAAAAUGAAAAAAAGGAGAGAGAGAGGGAACUUCAGCAAAUACAGAAAGAGCAGGCCAUCAGGCAAAGGGAGGAAAUGAAGAGAGACACUUUGCAGAAAGAGCUGGACAAACUCAGCCAGAGCUUGGAGGAGCAAAGCAGGAAGGAGGAGGACAGGAAAAAGCAAUUGGAGGACCUGCUCAGACGCAAGACGGAGGAGAACCAGAGAGAAAGAGACAUUCAGAUGGAGAAUCAGAGAGCUGAUAAAAGGAGGAUCUUGGCCCUCCAACAGGAGCUAAAACUCAUCAGAAUCAAAGUAGAUAAACAAAAAACGUGUGAAGAAAAACUCAAGAGACAGCUGGAGGAGAGCCUGCAGGUGGAGAGAGAAAAGUGUGACAAAGAAAUGUCUGCCUUGAAAAAGCAGUGCGAUGAGGCCCAGUGUUCAGAGCCUUGCAACAAGACAAUAAAGAAGAUGUCUGCAGAAAACCCCAGCACAGUGACGAUUGUGUCCGGAUAUGUGCAAGAAAUGGGACUGGUGGGGCUGAACGUAGCUUUAGAGAGUGUUGCAGCUCCCUGCUGCAUACAGUAACAUGAAGAUUUCUGAAAUGGAUGAAUUAUUGUACAGAACAAAUACAUUACUUUUCAUGCUUGUGUGUAUGACCAAGCUAACCACCUAUUAUUCAGGAAUGUAAAAGGUUCUAUAUGUUUGACUUUAUUAUGACUUUUGAAUUAUUAUUGUUGUUGUUGUUGUUAUUACUAGAUUCAACCAUUAACUCCCAGUUAGGAAAAGAAAGGAAAUAAAUAUGAAAGCAAUUUAAUUUCAACAAAAUGGAUAUGAUGCCAGUGUGUCCUGAAUCAGAAAAUGCACAACAAUAACACAACCUCUCAAAAAUGGUGGAGAGAAUAUGAUUAUGAACUCCCUGUCCACCUAUUUGCUUUGGACUGUCUGUCUCUAUCGCCAUCAUCUAAAUAUGUAUUCAAAUAAAACCCAGUUGCCAUUAAUAAAGAUCAAAUAUUG